UCGUCCCGCUUAGCGAAGAAGGAGGAGGAGGAGGAGGGCAAAGAUGGCGUCGUCGUCGUUGUGAGGGGCUGCCUUGCCGCUCGUCCGCUCCUCUGCUGGGCCGGCCUGGGCGCCGGCUCCUCCCAGGCGGGAUGUUCUCGGCGCUCAAGAAGCUGGUGGGCUCGGAGCAAGGCCCCGUUCGGGAGAAGCCCAUCCCGGCGGGCUUGCAGUCCAUGAACCAGGCGCUGCAGAGGCGCUUCGCCAAGGGCGUCCAGUAUAACAUGAAGAUCGUCAUUCGGGGCGACCGCAACACAGGGAAGACCGCCCUGUGGCACCGCUUGCAGGGCAAGGCCUUCCUCGAUGCCUACGUCCCCACCCCGGAAAUCCAGGUUACCAGCAUCCACUGGAACUACAAGACCACCGAUGAUGUCGUGAAAGUCGAGGUCUGGGACGUCGUUGACAAAGGCAAGUGCAAGAGGCGAGGCGACGGGCUCAAGUUGGAGAACGAGUCCCAGGAGGCUGAAGCGGCGAUGGCCCUCGAUGCCGAGUUCCUGGACGUCUACAAAAACUGCAACGGAGUGGUCCUGAUGUUUGACAUAACCAAGCAGUGGACCUUCGACUACGUUCUCCGUGAGCUGCCCAAGGUGCCCAACCACGUCCCCGUCUGUGUGCUGGGCAACCACCGAGACAUGGGUGAGCACCGGGUCAUCCUGCCCGACGAUGUCCGGGACCUGAUCCGCAAGGUCGACAGGCCGCCCGGCGCCUCCUACGUCCGCUACGCUGAGGCCUCCAUGAAGAACAGCUUCGGCCUCAAGUACCUGCACAAGUUCUUCAACAUCCCCUUCUUACAGCUGCAGAGAGAGACACUUCUCCGGCAGCUGGAGACCAACCAGUUGGAUAUCGAUGCCACCCUGGAGGAGCUGUCCGUGCAGCAGGAGACGGAGGACCAGAACUACGAGAUCUUCCUGGAAGCCAUGGCAGCGCGCGUCCGGGGAACUUCUCCUCCGGCCCCUGACGGGCAGAGUCCCCCGCCGCCUGGUGACAACGCUUCGGGGGGCUCCACUCCAGGAACCCCACAGCCUGCCGAGCCCCCCCUCCCGCCCGAGGCCCCGCCCCCCACCCGCCGCAGCUUCAUCUCGCGCAUCUUUGGGGCCACGACAGAAGGCCCCCCUCCUCUCACGCCUGACCCCUCCGUCCCGCCGGCCCCGACAGUGGAGGACUUUGCCCCGGACGACAGCCUGGAGGGCAGCUUUCUGGAAGACCCUGGGCCGUCACGACACAAGGGGGCACCCUCGGCCGGACCCCCGGAAAGCAACAGCCGCCACGACGCUCCCAGGAGCCCGGGACUGGUAUCCGGUACCGCACCCCCCGGCAAGGACGGGGCACUCUCGAGUGAGGAGGACGAGGAGGGCCGGCCGACGGCCUUCGCCAUCCUGGGGGAUGAAGACAUCGCCCCAGAGCUAGAGGGGGAAAAGUGCCCUCCCUCCCCAUCUUUAAGGUCACCACCCCAACUGGAACCGACCCCAGACGCCCUUUCCGGCCUCCCCACGGCCCCCCGGCCCCCGGCCCAAGCGCCGCCCCCCGGGGCGAAGGGCGAGGAGUCAGAGAGCGACCCCGAGGGCCCAGUGGCUGCACAGAUGCUCUCCUUUGUCCUGGACGACCCUGACUUUGAGAGUGACGCGUCGGCCGGCGUCGUCAAGGCGAGGGGUGACAAGUUCCCUGACCUCUCGGACCUCUCAGAUGCCUCGGACCCCGGAGGGCACCCCCCGCCGCCCCCCACCCUCUCCUCCUUCCGGCCGAAGAAGGACGAGGCGGAUCUCUUUGGGUUGGGCCUGGACAAGCCGAGGCGGAAAGAAAGCAGCGAAGAAGAUCAGGACAAGCCACCUUCCAAGGAGAAGAAGAAAAAGAAGAAGAAGCGGAGCGGCAAGGAGGACGAGAAGUCGGCGAGGAAGAAGAGCCGCCCCAAAAAGGGCAAGGAGGAAGAGGACGGCGCACGGCGGACGAAGGCCAAGGGCAAGGGCGACAAUGCCAUCGACGAAUUGGAGGCCUUCCUGGGGGGCGGCGGGGGGGCAGGCACGGCACGGGGGGGUGGGGACUAUGAGGAACUUUAGCUCCGCCCCCUCCCAACAGGGGGCCCCUGGGAACUCCUUCCACCUAGAAGGCCUGCCCCCAACCUUUGACGGACGACUCAAGGAGCUGUAGCUCCACCCCCUCGACGGGAGGGUCCACCCCCCCUUUGACGGACGCUAUUUUGUACAAGGGGACCCUCCGGAAAAACCAGACUUCCUGCAGCCCCCCCCCCCCCGGUCACUGAUCCGGGGUCUGGAGACGCAUGUUUGGCCCCCUCCCCUGGUUUGCCCCGCUUUUUUUGGCAUUGCUGUGACCGCCCCCCCCCCAAUGAAUCUUCUGGCGCAUUCCGUUGCCUUGUGCUGCUUUGGGGGGCGGAGCUGGGGAAAAGGAAGUCCUGCCCCCUCCCCGCCUGCCUUGAGGCCGCUCCAAUUCCGGGCAUGUGAAACUGACCGUCGACUCAGGUAUCUCUCCCCCACUUCCGGCCUGCUUGAUCCUGCGAAAAAGGGGGCCAUGGGGGAAGGGGCUGGCGGUUCCCCUCUUGACUUCUUCCUCUUCCCUUCUUCCUCCUCUUCUUUUCCUUCCCCCUUUCCUCCUUUUUGCCCAGCAUUCUCUUCCUCUUCCCCCUCUCUGAUCCCCAUUUCUCUUUCCCUUCUGUCCUUUUUUUCUUCCUCUCCUCUGGUCCCUUCCUUCCUUCCUUCCUUCCUUCCUUCCUUCCUUCCUUCCUUCCUUCCUUCCUUCCCCUUCCCUUCCCCCUUCUUGCACUUCCGCUCCCUUUCCUCUUGCUUCUCCCUCCCCAUUUUAAACAUCCUUCUCCCCCUUUAUCUCAUCUGCUUCUUUCUCUUCCUUUCCAUUCUUCCUCUUUUCUUCCCCUUUCUUCUCCCCUUCUCCCUCUUUCCUCUUCAUCUCUUCUGCUAUUUCCUCUUCCUCUUUUUCCUCCCUCAAUUUCCCUCAUUUCCUCUUUCUCCUCCCCUUCUUCCUCUUCAUCUCAUCUGCUAUUUCUUCUUCCUUUUCCCUCUUUUCUCUCCCAUUUCCUCUUUCUCCUCCCCUUCUUCAUCUCAUGUGCUAUUUCUUCUUCCUUUCCCCCUUUCCUCUCCCAAUUUCCCUCAUUUCCUCUCCCUUUUCCUCUUCAUCUCACCUGCUAUUUCCUCUUCCUUUCCCCCCUUCUUUCCUCUCCAAAUUUCCUUAAUUUCCUCUUUCUCCUCCCCUCCUUCCUGUCCCUCCCCAUUCCUCUUCCUGUUCCCCACUUUCUUUUACGCCCCGCUCCUCUGCACCCAUCAACUUAUAAACAUCCUGUUUGCACAAGGCCACCUGCCUCCGUGUCAUCUUUGGUGCCUGUUUUGGGAAAGGGAACUGUAGCGUGCUGUGCGUGGUGCCUGGUUUCAGGACUGCGAAGACUUGGCCCCUUGCUUUGUGGCAAGGAAAGGACCUACCUUGGACAACGGCCACACCAGGCGCCUUCAUAAUUUCCGACAACGCAAGUCCUAUGGCAACUGUAGUAUGCUCAGGGUUGCCUUGGGAACUGGAGUAUGCCCAGGGGCACCGAUAACUAGGUGCCACCAUAGACCCGUAGGAAAGAGAGAUUGGCUGUUAAGGGGAAGAGGUCGCCUCCUGGCUAUACCUAGCAACCACAGUUCCCACGACCCAUCUUGCCGUUUUAGGCAGUGCUCUGGGAACUUUAGUUUGCUCUGGGCGCCACUCAUUCCUGGCAGCUAAAACUCCCAGAGUUCCGUGGGCGAGAAGGAUGGACCGUUACAGUUUUCUAGGAACUGUAGCUCUAGGAGAAGGGGGCAUUUUGGCGGUCGAAAACUACAGUUCCCAGAAACCACAAAGAAUUCCCAGAGCCAAGAUUUCCAAAGUAGAGAAUUGUAGUUCUCUGAGGCGCCUCAUGAAAAGUCUGGUACCUUGAGGGUACUACAGUUCCCAGUGCAGUUUUGGUCAAGGUGUGGCUGUUUAGAAUGGGGUGAAUGCGCCUGGCUUUUGCCGCUGUCCCCCUGAGAAUCCUGGGAACUGUAGUUUCUGGCAGAUGCUGAGAAACUACCUGGAAGGGUUGUCGCGGGGGAGCUAAGUGGAGACG